AUGAAGUUCUCCAUAGCUCUAGUAGCCUUCUGUUUCGCCGUAACGGCGGUCAAUGUUAAGUUGCAGGCGGAUCAGGCUGAGGAGAUGGAACAGGCGAAGGAAAUGCUGCGAGGAUUGGCGGCCGAAUGUAAAACGAAGGAAGGUGCAACGGAUGACGAUGUGGAGGGGUUCGUCAGCGAUAAGAUGCCCGAAUCGCGUACCCAGAAAUGUUUGGCCGGCUGUAUGCAGGAACAGUUCGGUAUUUCGAAUGGGAAAACGUUCCAGGAGGAUGGAUUUAUUGAAAUCGCCAAAAUGCUUAUGAAGGGUGAUGAGAGCAAGAUCGAGGUAGCGAAGGAGAUUGCGGCGGAUUGUAAGGAUGUGACGAACGAUGAUCGGUGUGAGCUGGCGGUGGAUAUCAUGAACUGUUUGAAGGAGUCGGCCGAAAAGCAUGGUAUUGAGCUGAAACACUAA